GCGCGGCGGAGGCGCUGCCGCGCUGGAGCCCUUGCUUGCCCGUAGAGCUCCAAUGAAUCACCGGCGGCCGUCGAAGCGGCGCCGUCACUCACGGCUGCAGCGCCCUCAGCCCUUCCUCGGCUUCUCCCCCUUCGCGCGCUCCCUUUUCCUGACCUCUUCCUGCUCAGCCUCCAAUCGCCAUUCCCGUGAUCGUUCCCUCUCCCAUCUCCCCUCCGAAUCAUAAUCCUAAACACAGAGUUUGCAAGCAUACAACCCCGACCAAAAGACCCUCAUCAGUCUCCGAUGACGAUGAAGAUAACGAGGUGAAUGAGGAGGAGAGCGGAGCGGAGCAGGAGAUGGAAAUAAUCCAAGCUGAUUUCGGGUUCUUCGACCCAAAACCCGGGGAUUUUGGCGGCGUGAAACUGCUUCUCCAGAACUACUUGGACAAUAAGCCCUGGGAUCUUAGUGGAUUUGUGGAUCUCAUCUUGGAGCAGACCACCGUCGGGACCGUCGUCAAAUCAGAUGGCGGCGAUGAUCAGGGUGACGAGGUGAAUGAUGAUGAAGAUGAUUUGUAUGCCGUCAUCAGCGCUCUUAAUCUUGGGAGAUACGCAGAGCAUGAGUGCAUUCGCGAGCUUAAAAAGUUUCUAUUUGAAGCUUGUGGUGAUGAAAAUGUGAAGAAGAAGUUGAGAACUCUGCUUGAAAAGCAAGCAAACGAAGUGGGUUUAUUGGUCUCACAGAGGUUUGUCAACUGCCCACAUCAGUUGGUGCCUCCUCUCUAUGAUGCCCUGUUUGAUGAGGUUUCUUGGGCGACAGAAGAUGAGCCCACACAAGAGCUUCGAGACUCAUUUCAUUUCAAGUGCUACCUCUUAGUGACCAGAAUCUACAUGAGAAAAAAAGUUGACCAGCAGAAGACAGUGACCAGUCCUGAUUGUAAUGAGGCUGUUGUUUACAUCAAAGCAGAAGAUGAAAUUUUUCAAGAGCUUUCUUCAUUUUCCUUUACCUUUAGACUACACAAUGAGCAAUUGGUUCCCUACGAGCUAAGGAAUUACAAUCCGGUAGGCCUUGUUAUGGUCAUAAAGGCUGAGGCAGUUCCAAAGUUCCGUGAGAGGUUGAAGUCUUUACUAGCUGAAUCUUAGUGAGCUUUGUGUCAGACAUGUUGGAUUUGAACUUCCCUGUCUCCCCAGGAAAUAUUAUAGAUAAGAAAAUGUCAUAGUUGAAGACCCUGCUGAUUUUACACUUCUGAAUGAUAACAUGUUAGCAUCGCAGCCUUUAAACAGAGUUGAAGAAGGCUCACACUGGAUUUUUGCAACAAACCAGUGUUGUGUGCACUUUCAGAUGAAGGUAUGCUACUACGUUGCGGUAUUUCAUUUCCCCUCUAAGCAUUGGGUAGCUCAGCAUGCCAGAGACAUCACUCUUUUAACCAUGGGACUGUCGAUAUUGUUGAGCAAGGUAAGGAUUAUUCCUUUUUUCCCUUAUUUAUUCGUGAUGGAAUUUUUGGUAAAAGUCAUGGCAUUCAUCAAUACACCAGGGAUGAUGAUGGGCAUGGGUUUCUCAUUUGCUUAACAUCUGAUAGGAUGAUCUAUAUCUAAACCAAAAUUGAAAUGCUUUCUGAAUUAUUACUGGUAAAUGUUGUUGUGCUUUUUCUGCCAGUAAACAUAGAUGGCUUGAUUAAUUUAAUGUUUUAACGGUUUCCCUUCCUUUCAAAUUCUAUCAUGGCUUUAAAUUGGUUCAAA